AUGCAGCCCCCUUCUCACUUGACUUCAAGGCGACAACGCAAAAUAUGGGAACAACAGCAACGUGACAAUGCAGUAAAGCGUCAAAGAAAAGACAUUUAUGAGAAUCAGACCCCUUUUCGUCAUGCGGAACGGCAUUUCAAGCUUUCUCGAGAACUCGACUUUGCCAAUGUCGUGGACUUUGAUCAACCCGCCAAUGCCAAGGACAAGCGCAUCGUUCCAGUCUCUCUCCAUAAUGCACUACCUGAAUCGCUCUUUGGAAAAACAACAGAUAAUGCUUACAUAUUGGAAGGAGUGAAGGGCCUUAUCUACAUUCCAAAUCCAUUCUCACCUGACAAACAACGCCAUUUCGUCAAGCAAUGUCUCUCAACGUAUGCUCUUCCCCCCAACAAAUCCAACCUUGAUCCACACUACAAGAUCCCAGCUCAAGGUCUCUGGCAGCUAUAUACCAAUGAACAGGAGCAGCAGCAACAUCAGCAAAGAAUUGAUUCCACCAACGACAACGAGGAACCCGUGUUGCCAUCCAGCAUCAUCCAUAAACUACGUUGGAUCACCCUUGGAUAUCAAUAUGAUUGGACAACCAAAAAGUACAAUGACGAGGCGUAUCCUAUUGCUGAUGACCUUUCCGAAUUGACAAAGGCUAUUGUGGCGGCUGUUGAAGGGAUUGGCCAUCAAGAUGAAUGGAAAAACACGUAUCCAAGCAACCAAUUCAAAGCCGAGGCAGGUGUGAUCAAUUACUAUCAGCUCAAGGAUACUCUGAUGGGUCACGUUGACCAAAGUGAACGCAAUAUGGAUGCUCCUUUGAUAUCAUUAAGUUUUGGUCAUGCAUGCAUUUAUUUGUUGGGUGGAACUACACGCGAUACAGCACCUAUUCCCAUUUAUCUUAAGAGUGGUGACGUUCUCAUUAUGACAGGCGAAUGUCGAAAAGCAUAUCAUGGCGUCCCACGUAUUAUAGAGAAUAGUUUACCAGAGUAUCUAUCUACGAGUGUGAAAGAUGAGGAGGAUUGGGAAUUGUACGGAUCAUACAUGAGUACUUCAAGAAUCAAUCUUAAUAUACGACAAGCAAUAACGUGUCCUUCCUUUUUCUGUGCACCUCAGAAUCGCUUGCAAGUUUUCGUCAUGUCGAACCUUCCUACCAUUCUCAGCCCCACCGAGGAGGACGUUCAACUCUUGUUGAGCGCUCAGUGCCACAUUGGUACCAAGAACGUCACCACCCGCAUGACCCCCUAUGUCUUCAAGCGCCGUGCUGAUGGUAUCAACUUGAUCAACCUUGGCAAGACCUGGGAAAAGCUUAUCUUCGCUGCCCGUGUCAUUGCUGCCAUUGAGAACCCCCAAGACAUUGUUGUCAUCUCUGCUCGUCCUUAUGGUCACCGUGCUGCUCUCAAGUUCGCCAAGUACAUUGGUGCUGAAGCUGUUGUUGGUCGUUUCACCCCUGGUACCUUCACUAACUACAUCACCCGCUCUUUCCGUGAGCCCCGCUUGAUCAUCACCACUGAUCCUCGCACCGAUUUCCAAGCCAUCAAGGAAGCUUCCUAUGUCAACAUCCCCGUCAUCUCUUUGGCUGACACUGAUGCUUCUCUUCAAUUCGUUGAUGUUGCUAUUCCCACCAACAACAAGGGUAAGCACGCUCUUGGUUUGAUCUACUGGCUUCUUGCCCGUGCUGUCCUCCGUCUUCGUGGUACUUUGGACUACCAAACCCCCUGGGACGUCAUGGUUGAUAUGUUCUUCUACCGCGACCCUGAGGAGGCUGAGAAGGAGCAAGAGGCUGCUGCUGCCGCUGCUGCCGCUGAAGGUGACUUCGCUGCUACUGCUGAAGCCGCUACUGGUGAAUGGGCUGUUGAAGGUGCUGAGACUGGUGCUCUUCAAGCUAACGCUGACUGGAGUGCUCCUACUGACUGGGCUGAAGAUGGUGCCGCUCCCGCUGCUGCUGCCAACUCCUCCUGGGAUGCUUAA